AUGCGAACUCGCUUUCUGAACAACGACUACUUUGCUCUCCCUCCGUCGCAACGGUUCCUACACCUCCCCGUCCCUCGCCUCCACGCGCCGCCUACAUCCGCCGUGCACGACAUCCUGCGAUUUGACUCCACGCUCCCUGUCUCCCACCACAUUGAACCACUGCCGAUCGCCGCCGCUCUCUCCACCUUCCUCUCCUCCGUGCUACCUCACAAAAUCCAUCUCGAACUUCUCGAUCUCGAAGAUCCAGCUGCUGUUCCGUCUCCACCUCGAGAUCGAGAUCGCUCCUCGUCAUUCAGCCGCGGAAGCUAUGAAGAUCAGAAUCCCCAGCAAGAAGGUGAGACGUCAUUUGAAGAGGAUGGACGCCAGAGCUGUAGAAAUGUUUGCUCCAAAGCUGAUACUGAAUUUCCGAAGGAGACUAAAAGAAUUGAUUGCAGUGAUAAGAGCACGAACGCGUACAAAGUGAUUCAAUUCGAAACACCUGAGCUAGAUGCACUAUUGGACAAUGGUUGCUUCAUUGAGAGGGAGUGGGUGCAAAUGCUGGAUCAAACGCCGGAGGUUGAAAAUUGCAUGGAAAUGUUCAAGCCUGAGCCAUCAAUGCAGUUUCCUUACGAGGCUCUGGAAGCAAUACCUCGUGCUGAAAAUGCUAUUUCAGAGUACCUAAAAGUGGAGGAUGCAUAUUCUUUUGAAGAUAGCAUUUCUGUUCGUCACCCUUUGCACUCAGGCCAAAACAUGUUUCUGAAUUUAGAAGUGGAUGAAGAAAGUUUGGGAAUUCCCUCGUGCUUAUCUCUGAUAGAAAUUCUUGGCACGUACUUUGAUUUUACCAAAUCUCUUAAUUUUGAUGAAGAGUGCCAAUCCAUCACGGAUGACAAGUCUAUGAGUUAUAAUAUGGUGAAACUUUUCUCUGAUGAGUGCACAUCAAAGCAAAGCCUGGUGUUAUCACCCAUGUCACCAGAAAGUGAUCUUAUAAAUAUGUUGGAAACUGAAUAUUUUGGUGCCCUGGAGGGUACAUCUCAGGCCGAUUUUAAUUUGUUCAUGAAUCUAGUAACGUUUCAGGAAUUUGUGUUCCUUGAUGAGGAUUUCACUCAAAGCAUUGAAGCCUUCUAUCACAAAUCAUCAUCAGAUAUUCUAGAAUCAAGUAACUGGAUGUUUGAGAAAGAGUUUAACUUAAAGAAUUUUGAUGAAUUGAUUGUCAGCAAUGAGAUGGCACUAAUGGAUGACAAAUUCAAAUCAUUGCCUGUACCUGUUAUCUCUGAUUACAAAAAGCUUAUAGCUCUGCAUGAUAUCAUUCAAGAACUUUUUUCCAACUUGAAGACCCGUCCCCUAUCUGCAUCUGAUGGAAUAUACUUAAACUGGGAUCUACUAGAGGAAGAUGAAUGCAAUUACAAAAUUUCUAGUUGGCAUCAGAACAUAUGGGCCAAGAUAGAUCUGAAGAACCAAGGCUUCAUAGGGAAAUUUUGUGAGGAUGGAAAAUCAGUAUUUGAUCUUGUUUUAUCUGAGGAUACUACAGAUGCUCAUGACAAUAAUCAAAGUGAAGAGUUGCAGAAGUUGCUUUCUGAUAAUAUGUCUCUGCUUGACAUUAGUCCUACAGAAUUUGCUCCAAUCAAACAACUGGAACGUGGAUCUUCUACUAAAGAGAGUCAAGAGCCAUUACCUGAAAAAGGUGCUGAGAGGGCUUCUAGGUUAUUUAAGUCUGUGUCAGAGAUCAGCAGUCUUGAUUACUUCUUAAACCCUCAAAAAGCAACUGUUAGCCGGGAAUGUAAUUUUGCAGUAGAGUCUACAGAUACUAAUGCUCGGGUUCCAGAAUUUACACCUGCCAACAUAGAAUCUUCACGUGUUGCAGCUGAAGCAGAUGAUUUUGUGCCACUAAUAGCUGGAUUGAAAACUGACCAUGGUCAUCAAGGCAUGGAGCUUUUUACUGGGUCAGUUAUUAUUGUGAAUACUCAAAACGUAGAUAAGGAAGUGAUAUUCUCUAGAAGAAGCUCUUACCAAGUAAUUCUUGCGAUGGAGAAAGGAGGAAUUCAAGUUGUUGAACGUGAUUUGGAUUUACCUGUAGAUAUCAUACUAAGUUCUGCAAUUUGCUUGGCAUGGUACGAUAGUACAAAUCUUGCGAAGAAAGCAACACCAGUCACUGAAGCAUCUUCAAGCUUGCAUUUAUAUAUCGAGAAUAUUGCAGCAGAUGUUCUGACAAUGCUGAGUUUUUACUUCCGCGGAUGCUUUUUGGUCUUCGAGGGAGAAUAUAACUUCCUUUCAACUGUAAUGGAAUUCUCAGAUGCACUUUAUGCUGCAGCAUCAAGCUUGGGAAUUGAUUUACAGAUCUUCUUCUCUUACUCACCAGAAUUGACAACUGAAGUUAUAAUAAGCUGCAUUAAGAGUGUCACUAAAUCGAAAAUGGGUCUGUAUCCUAAAAUGACUGAGUCAGUAACUCUUGCAGAGUCAUUUCUUACACAAUUUCCUGGAGUAAAUCCUUUAACGGCACACUGUAUACUAUCUUCAGGGGUCACGCUCAAUGAGUUUCUUAGUUGGUCACAUGAACAAAGGAUGCAUGUUUUAGAGAAGUACAACGUUCCAGAAGAAAGUAUUUCUCUGUUCAGUGUUUUCUGUAAAUAUGGAGAGCGGGAGGAUUCAAAAUCCAUAAUGACAGACUGCUCCUCUUCGGUGUCAUCAGAACCAGACUCAGAUAAGUGUUAUCUAUCUCGUCAAGUUGACAAUCAAAGAAAAAGGAAAACUAAUGCAAGUAGUCACCAGAUGGAUGAACUACGUCUUGAGGAGUUGUUGCAAUUCAACACAUUAAAUCCAGUAGUUGAAGCUGUUCCGGAUUCCUCUGCUAUGCCAAAAUUCUGUGAUCUUGGUAUGCCAAAAGAUGCUGGGAGAUCCAGUGAGUUGGCAGAGGCUAGUUUACACAUGGGAGAAUUUUUCAAGCCAAAGCAAAGAUCCAGCAUGACUACAAUGAGAAACCCUGCCAGCUUUCCCCAGUCGUCGUGUGAUCUAUGGAACUUCAAAGAUGAAGAACUGCAGGUGGAACAGCCCCAUUCAUCUUUAAAAAAUAGAGAGUUUGCUCAAAAUGAUAUGCUGGACACUGCAACGAUGAGCACAGAACUGAAUUGGCAUAAACCAAGUAAUUCUAAGAAGAUGCAUGAGGACAUUAGAGGUGAGGUGGUUAACUUCACUGAUUUUCCCUUAUUAGAUAAAGACUUCUCUGUUUCUGAUUUCAUGAAGUUCCCAAGUUUGACGAUUGAAACCGAGAAAGAUCACAUAAGAAAGAACAAAAUUGCAAGGAGAUUGUCAUUUGAUGAUAGCUUUCACCCUGAAGGCAACCCAUCAAUGGCAUGUAGAUCUUCAAAAAAUACACCACAGGAAGUUGAUAACUAUGCUGAACCAGAUUUUGGGAAAGAUGUACUACCUCUUGGUUUCAAGCACGGUCAAAACAUUCUCGAAGAGGGUUUAGCUCAGACAUCUAUGGGAAACCUACAAAGAUUACCCUUCCAGGAGGAAAUGUCACAUUUGGGGAGAACUCCACUUUCACGCGCACGCUGGUCAACUAAUCCAGUGAAUUCACCUUGGACAACAGAAUUUAUGAACAGGUUUAAAGAGAAGAGCAAAUUGCGUCAAAAAUCGUUAUCAAGUGGGAAAUCUGCUCCUUGUUUUGGGUACCCAGGUAACACGUCCAACGUUUCUAAGAGAAGAAGUCCUUCAAUAAUUGAGUUGUUCAAGUACCAAUCUGGUGAGACUCUCGGAAACAUUCAACAGAAAAGGCAGAAGCAAUCUGGGCAAUCUUCAGAACCAGUCAAGAGAGGAAAAUAUUCCGCUUCGCUACCCUCACAUACUCCAAAUGAUAAGAUAUCAACCAAGACACUUACUUUUGGGAGGAAAGGAAGUGGAAGCCAAACUAAGCUGGUCUGGAGUGAUAGAGAUCAGUCACGGUAUCGGGCACAAUAAUCUAUCAUUGAAGUAACGAAUGGAG